AUGUCACUCAGCUGUCUGACAUUCCGCACUGGGAAAUAUUACAACAGUCUGACUGAUGUGACUGACAAGUACAGCAUCGGACACCUGCUGCGAGCGAAGGAGUUCUGUGAGAUCUGCAUCGCCAGGGACAAGCUAUCAGAGAAGGUUUACUCCUGCAAGAAAUUCUCAAAGAAGGACGGCAAGAGUGUCCGGAGAGCAGCAAAGAACGAGAUUCUCAUCCUGAAGAUGGUAAAUCAUCCCAACAUCUUACAGCUGAUUGACACAUUUGAGACAAGGGAGGAAUACUUCAUUAUUCAGGAAAUGGCGACAGGGAGUGACCUCUUUGACUGGAUUCUACACCAGGGCUCAUAUACAGAGAGAGACGCCAGCAAUGUGAUUCAACAGGUGCUGGACACAGUUUCUUACCUACACUCACUCCACAUCGUGCAUCGAAACAUUAAGCUGGAGAAUUUGAUAUACUACAGGCAGCAGAAUCCAUCGAAGGUGGUGAUCGGGGAUUUCCAUCUGUCACGCAUCGAGGCGGGUUCGAUUUCAGAUCCCUGUGGGACACCCGAGUAUUUGGCUCCCGAAGUGGUGGCCCGUCACAAAUACGGACGGCCCGUUGACUGCUGGGCCGUGGGAGUCAUCAUGUACAUCCUCCUCUCCGGGAAUCCUCCCUUCUACGAUGAGUCUGAAGACGAGGACAACGAGAGUCACAACCGUGCAAUAUUCCGCAAGAUCCUAGCGGGAGAGGUUGAGUUUGAGGAACCGUACUGGGUGGACAUCUCGGGGGCAGCCAAGGACCUGGUGUGUCGGCUGCUGGAGGUCGAUCAGGAGCAGAGAGUCACAGCCUCGGAGGCUCUGGCUCACAACUGGAUCUCUGGAAAUGCCGCCCUGGAGAAGGACCUGAAGCUCGGAGUCUGUGCCCAGAUGGAGAAAAACUUCGCCAAGGCAAAGUGGAAGAAAGCUAUCCGUGCUACCGCGCUAAUGCAUCGUCUCCGGACUACAGAACCACGCACAUUGCAAUGCACCAGCUCGUCUCCCCAACCUGCAGAGAAGAUUCUCGGGAGCAGAGACGGGACCUCCAGUGUGGGGGAGACCCCUCUCCCUCACAUACUGACUGAAGAUUCAACAGAUCAUCAGGCAAACGGAGACUCCAGUCAGAGUCAAGGCUUGACAUUGCAGAGUAGUAAGGAAUAG